AAUUUCAGUUGGACGAGCCACACCCCGAGCUAAAACGCAUGCGCUUUCGCCUUCCGGUCUCAAUAUAGAACGUGUAAGCUUCCGAUAUCAAAAUAGUUCGCUCGGCGGUUGAAUCGUAAUCCAAAAUAGGAAAUCGUUUCGUUCGAAAUCGUCGCCGGACUACUUUCGGUUGGGUUUCGCAAAGGAUUUCGGGAAAGAAAGUGCCCAUCUUCAGUUACUCUGCAGACGUUGGAGAGGAUUAACUGGAAGAAGAACGAAUACACGAAAAACAAUAUGGAUACCGAAGAAGUAACGACGACAAGCACAGAAGUGGCAGAAAAGCCGGAACCAGUUAAAGCAAACGAAGUAUGUAAGAGUUGUUGCCCUAUGGCUUGGUUUAAAGCUGAACACAUGCAUCCUUCAGUGCGCGAUAUGAUUUAUUGGAGAGAUAUCCGCAAGUCUGGAGUUGUUUUCGGCGUUGGAUUGAUGUUAUUACUCUCCUUCACCUAUUGUUCUGUUAUAAGUGUGGUGGCAUACACUGCUUUAAUGGUUCUUGGUGUCACUACCGGCUUUAGAAUCUACAAAAAUGUCCUGCAGGCAGUUCAGAAAUCUGGUAAUGGUCAUCCCUUCAAAGAAUAUUUGGAUAUGGAUAUCACGCUUCCAUCUAAUCGGGUCCACGAGUAUGUAGAUGCUGUCAUGGUACAUUUUAAUGCAAGUUUGCAAAGAUUGCGUAGUCUAUUCCUGGUAGAAGAUCUGAUAGAUUCCUUGAAGUUGGGAAUGUUGCUGUGGUGCAUGACCUACAUCGGUGCGUGGUUCAAUGGAAUGACCCUUGUUGUCUUGGCUUACGUUGCAUUCUUUUCCUUACCUAAAGUGUACGAAACCUACAAGGUCCAAAUUGACAAAAAUAUUGAUAUGGUGUGUGUCAGAGUGAAGGAUAUCAUGGCAACUGUGAAAGCAAAAAUCCCACAGGGAAAGAAAGAACAGUGAAAUGUCUGUGUGCUCAUUCUGCUUCGAAAUUUGCUCUCCGAAAUCCUAAAUCCCCUAUUCUACUCGUAUUAAGGUUUCCACAGGUUGUUUUGGUAGUUAAUACAUACGUGUCAUGAGUCCGGUUGUGUUACAGAACAAUGUUCUCUUUUUUGUUUCCUGUCCUGUUACCGUAGGUCAAGUAUCAAAUAUAAAAAUUGGUUAAUCAAGUUGUUGGGGAUGUAAUGUAUUUUGCCAGAAAAAUUCAUCUGGAUUGUUUAAAGCUGUUUACUGUUCCUUCUAUCCUGUGGAUCUGAAUGUUUAGAUGUCUUUCCAAAUUGUACUGUAGAAAAAUUGUCGCCACACUGUCUCGCUACUAUUUUACUGUUUCCAGCUUGCAUCGAUUUUUGAAAACAAUUGAGAUUAAGACCACAAUAUAGUUGACAUUUUCUUUCUGUAGAACACAAAGUGUAAAAUUUGCACAACUGUUAAAAAGGAAAAGCUUAAUAAUUUACUCAUGUUAUGUGUUUGUAGAAAUUCAUUGAAUUCAUCUAGAUUACAUUGAUUAUAUAAUUGUUAUUGAAUUUCUGAAAAUAAAAUACAAAAAA